AUGAAGCUAUUUACUGCUGCCAAGAGCCCCAAGCGCAGCUGGACAGAACACUAUUUGUAUUUGGUCGCAGUAAGCGAGGCAUGCGGUGGAGCAGACAACUUGGUCCAAGACAACAUAGUCCACUACGCUGAUCCGGCAAUGAGAGUUUCAAUGCUGGCGCGUUUGAAUCUAACAAGAUUUGAUUACUUGCGCCAAGCGGAGGAGCUGGCUCACUUCGCGCAGUCGACGGAGAUCGAGCUGCGCGGAAAGCACAUUGGAAAGGACGUCGUCAACAACGUUCGACAUGUGCGCGAAAAGACACGAAACGGGCGUAAGGACAAUCGCAAGUGCUACAGCUGUGGGAAAUCUGGACACAUAAAAGCUGCGUGCCCGGGGAACAAGGUCUCAAGAGAAGCAAGCGUCGACGUGGACUUUGUGCUCGCAGUGGGCAACUUGAGCGCUAACCACGGCUAUUGGAUACUGGACAGUGGCUCGAGUAGUCACCUGGUAAACGAUGUGAGCAUGCUCGAGAACCCAGAGGACUGCCAAAGCGAGUGUAUCGCAGCUGACGGAGGGCCCUUGCGCAUAACGAAGCGAGGAAGCGUCACAAUCACGACCACUGUAAUGGGCAAGGUCACUAAAGUGCGACUCCUGGACGUGCAAUAUGCCGAGAACCUCGAAAGGAACAUUAUAUCCUACGGUAUAUUGGAGGCUAAAGGGUUUGGGAUAGCCUACAUGGGUGAUCGCAGGGUCGUCGGCAACAUUGACAGUGGGGUGGUUGUCUUUGACGUGGAGAAGAAGAACAACGUGCUAAUAGUGCGGGACCACGAUCGCGGAAGUGUUCAGCUACCAUCGGACAUACUAAUGACGGCUUUAGCGCAAGGAGAAUUCGAAGUGAGUCAAGACGUGCAACGGGGCACGCUUAUGCAUUUUCACAGAAGGUUGGCUCACCUGAAUUAUGACACGAUCCUUCGCAUGGCAAAGGAUCCAGCCUCAGGGAUACAGCUGACCGAUGAAACGCGUGAGAACUGUCUAGCUUGCGCUCAAGGUAAACAGACCAAGAACCAGCAGUCGAGAAAAGACACUGGCACGAAUGCGCCGAUUGAUGUUAUCGGAGGAGUCAUCUGCUCUGACCUGAAGGGUCCCAUGACUCCUCGCGACAGAUUAGGAAAUCGUUACAUGGUUAAUUUUGUGGAUCAUCGCACGAACUACUGCAGAGUUUUCCUGGCGAAGAGCAAAGACGUGGCGGCCCAAAAGUUUAAACACUUCAUGGCAUUUUUCGAGAGGCAAUUUAAUUGUCGCAUUCACGUGCUGCGAACGGACGGCGGAGGAGAAUAUCGUACUCUGGACCUCUUUUGCAAGGAAACAGGAAUUGCGAGGCAAAUUAGUGAGCCAAGCAACCAAGCCAGCAAUGGGAAGGCCGAGAGGAUGCAUCGCACCAUUAUGAAUAUGGUGCGUAGCAUGGUGUUUGCGUGCGGACUGCCGCUGAGCUUCUGGGGGACGCGGCGGAGUAUGCGGCCUACAUACUGA